CCCAGCCAGCAUGGCGGUCCUGGAUCUGAUGACUCUGGGGAUCUAUCUUCAGCUCUUCCUCCGCUCUGUCUCUGCCGUGUCUCAGCCCAGGCCCAUCAGCGGCGCCCUCCCGAUCUCAGCAGCCCUGCCUGACCUGGACCCGAGGAAGCGCAGCGGCCCCCGAGCGUGCUGCCUGCUCACACCACCGCCGCCCCCUCUCUUCCCACCGCCGGCCUUCAGAGGGGGCCGCAGCCUGCUCCUCUCUCCGGACAUGAAGAACCUCAUCCUGGAACUCGAGACCUCGACGUCCCCGUGCACGCAGGGCUCGCCUGGCUCGCCCGGGCCUCCUGGCCCCCAGGGUCCACCGGGGCUUCCUGGCAAGACAGGACCAAAGGGAGAAAAGGGGGAGCUUGGCCGACCAGGAAGGAAGGGUAGACCUGGCCCCCCAGGUGUUCCCGGCAUGCCUGGGCCCGUUGGCUGGCCGGGCCCCGAAGGACCCCGGGGUGAAAAGGGUGACCUGGGUCUGAUGGGCUUGCCAGGGACGAGAGGGCCAGCAGGUUCCAAGGGCUAUCCCGGACCCAGAGGGGAGAAGGGCUCCAGAGGUGAAAGGGGUGACUCGGGGCCCAAAGGAGAAAAGGGCUUCCCGGGAUUCCCUGGCAUGUUGGGGCAGAAAGGUGAAAUGGGUCCAAAAGGGGAGCCUGGGGUAGCAGGACACCGAGGACCCACAGGAAGGCCAGGAAAACGAGGAAAGCAGGGUCAGAAGGGAGAGAGUGGCGUCGUGGGCCCGCCAGGCAAGCCUGGGCCUUCUGGUCAACCUGGUCGUCCAGGCCCCCCGGGCCCCCCAGGUCCCCUCUCUGCAGGACAACUAGGAGUAGGACCCAAGGGGGAAAGAGGAUUUCCCGGGCCCCCAGGAAGAUGCCUGUGUGGACCCCCUCUGCGUGUGAAUAACCCCUCCUAUGGCGACUCCGUGCCUGGGCCCCGUUCCCUGCGAGUUCCGGUGAUUUUUGUGGUCAACAACCAGGAAGAGCUUGAAAGGCUGAACACCCAAAACGCCAUUGCCUUCCGCAGAGACCAGAGGUCUCUAUAUUUCAAGGACAGCCUGGGCUGGCUUCCCAUCCAGCCGCCCCCGUUCUACCCUGUGGAUUACACCGUGGACCAGCGCGGCACCUGUGGGGACGGGGUCCUGCAGCCUGGAGAGGAGUGUGAUGACGGCAAUGACAGCAUGGGCGACGGCUGCAUCCGCUGUCACCGGGCCUACUGUGGAGAUGGUCACCGGCACGAGGGCGUGGAGGACUGUGACGGCUCUGACUUCGGCCAUCUGACGUGCGGGACCUACCUCCCCGGGUCCUACGGAGACCUGCGCUGCACGCGGUACUGCCACAUCGACUCCACGCCCUGCCGCUACUUCACAUGAGGCGCCAAUGCGGGCCACCCCCAACGCCGGCCUGGCACCGACCCGGCCAGCCUCCACCAGCCUGCGGGGACGCACCCGUGACACAGUUCCAUGGAGGACUGUAGGACCACUGUACCCUUGUCUUAAUCCAGAGUACCAGGACACCCCCCAGCCUGCCUGGGACUGGCCCGUCACUGCCAGCUGGCCGAGGGGCCGGCCACGGUGGCCUCUCUCCUCUGGACAGCCCUGCCCAGUCCCUGGCCCCGCUGGGCACUGUAGACUCACAGCCCUGCAGGGCUGUUCCCGCCGUUCCCGCUGGCUCGGGUCUCGUUGAGGGAGGCUGGUGGAUGGCCUCUGCAGCCCUCUGAGCCUCCGGCUACACGGCACUCGCACCACUGCGGUGGGCCAAGCUCACUGGGGGCCCCUCACGCGGCUGCAGCCCAGCCUUGCAUGGCAGUUCCCCCAGAAAGAGACCCAGCUGUGAAAGGGUUCCGAGGAAGCCACCAGACCCAUGCCACCCCUCAGCAGUGAGCAGAGGCCCGGCUGGGUCCCCUGCGUGCGGACAGGAGCAGAGCAGUGGCCUUGUGCUUGGUGCUCCCCGCAGAGCCUGCUCCGUGGCUUCCAGGUCUCAGCAUCAGCUUGACCCCAGGCUCCCUCUGCGCUGGACCACCUCGUGAAGCCCCUUGGGCCUACUUCCUGUCCAGGGGACUCAGGACCAAGGCAGGGUCUCCUGGCAGAGGUGUGUCCCAUGUCCUUAGAGGCUGCCCUGGUGUCCCUCAGGGACCCACUGCUGAGUCUCCUCUCUGCAGAGACUGUUUCUGCCCCUCUCUGCCUUCUCGCUUCCCGCUGCCCUGGGUCCCCGGGCCGCCUGCCGGGUCUGUGCCCUGCAGAGCUUCAUCCCUCGUCCUCCAUCCGCCCAGCCUGGACUUCCAGGGACUCUGGUCUGCGCAUCCUGGGCCGCCUCCCUCAGCGUCUUCCCCGGGCAUGGCUUUAUUUUGGAAAGGCAUCUCCGAGACGAGGCGUGCACACAGAUGAUCUUGGACAGGAGGUAUACGUUUGUCACCAGACACAGGGACACCCCAGGGCUUUUGGACAUAGUCAUUCGAUGAGCCCGAGUCUUGGAGACACAGAAGGCAGAGGCUUCCGGCCCAGCGGGCCAGCUGCUGGCAGUCAGUAGGCGGGCCGGGUCUCCCCGAGGGUGUCUCCACAGGGGUGCCAGCCCAAGGCACACUGACCAGCCUGUCCCCUCUGCCUCUGCUGGAAAGCCUGCUUCCGCACUGCCCCCGCCGUCCUGGGAUCUCAGGCAGGAGUCAGAAUAAAGGCCGUCCGUUCCCCACCGUGGCUCUCUCUUCCUUGGGGGAGUGGGCCAGUGCUCCGCACUGCUGGGUAGGGUGAGGGCCUGGACUCGGGUCUGCUCUCUGGCUCUGCAGAGAAUUCCACGUUCCAGUUCGCCAGGUAAAGAGGGGCAGUGGGACCAUAGUAGGCCAUCGGUAUCCAGUACCCUCAGCCGCGGCGUGCCCGUAGUAGGCCGACGGCAUCCAGUACCCUCGCCGCGGCGUGCCCGUAGUAGGCCGACGGCAUCCACAAGGCCCCUACUUCCCGCACCCUCCCCACUGCACCACACAAUUCCUCCCGUCAAUGGAGUGUGUGUCCCCAGUCCUGGAUUCUGAAUCUGGCCCUGUGACUUGCUCCGGCUAUGACACGUUUGCGAUUGUGACAGAGCAUUUCACGUUUCCUCCCUCACCCUCACCCUUCUGCCUGGCCGUGAGGUGUCCAGGCUAAGCCGCUGGAAGGGAGGCACAUGGAGAACCAAAUGCGGAGCUGCGCAGGCCACGGCCAUCCCAGGGUUCCUGAGUACCCACCCGUUACCAGAGCUGAAAAGGAACAUGGGCACUGCCCACCUGAGUGCUGGCAGCCUUGCAGAGAGCCACGACCCCAAGGCUGAUGCAGGCCCUGCUGAGCAGAGGUGUCAAAGCAGCAGGUGGGUAGGGUCGCUUCCAGCCAAAUGGCCACUGGAGGUUGGAGGGUUUGUGUGUGGCGUGGCGUUCCAGGCAGAAGGAAGAUGGCAAACUAAA